CACAUGAUUAGGGGUGUUAACCUGCGAUGCGUUGCAGUGGCGUAGGGCUAAUCUAGCUACUGGAUGCUAACAAGUCUCUCUCUUUAUAUUGAGGACAAAUACGAUAUCACAGUGGAAGACAGUUAGUCAGCCAAGUAUCGGACAAUAUACAUCGCAUCUUCACUGGAUUACUGCGCGUGAGGAGAUUCAUCCUUGCAUUUGUGUGUAAUUUUAGCUAGCCUGCUUGCUAGUUAGUUAACAUCCAGCUAGCCUGUCAGACGGGCUGUUUGAAAGUGUGGUGAAACCAGAUGAACAAGUUUGAACUCUUUCUGACCACCAAAUGAAAUCCUAAAUAUCUCCAGUCCCAGCCUUCAGACAGGCACAAUGGAGGAGUCAGAUGUGGAGCAGGUUACCCUGGCCCUGCUGGAUUCAGCCAAUGACAAGGACCCAGUGGUCAGGGAGCAGGUCAGGAAGUCCAUACUGACCCUGGGGAAGCAGCAGCCUAACAAGGUCCUGUCCAUGUGCCAGGACUACCUGGUCAAGCACCCCAAGCUUAUCGUUGGGCACAGAGUUGUCAUACUGCAGACGAUUGAGCUGAUUGUGAAGACCAAGAUAGACGAUAUCAGUUACCCGAAAAUCAAAAGCAUCAUUUCUUUGGCCUCCGAUGAAAUGACCCGAUCAAAGGAUGUUGUACCUGAUUGGCAACAGGCAGCCAGCAAUAUUCUGGUUGCUGUGGGAAACAAGUACAUCAAUGACAUCAUGGAGGAAAUCCUCAGCAAGUUCCAGCCAGGGAUCCUGCCUCAUUUUUUUGUGGUCCAAACAUUAUCAAGUCUCUCUGAAUCCAAUGUUUAUGGCAUGGUGCCGUUUCUCAAUGCCAUCUUGGGCACCAUGCUCCCAAUGCUGGGCAUGGCCAAGCAGGACAACAUGAAGUGGGUGUUCUCCUCUGCUCUGUCCCACUUCAGUGAGAGUAUCCUGGAGUACUUAGCCAACCUGGACAAAGCUCCCGACCCGACGGUGAGAAAGGACACGUUCUCCAGUGAGAUCUACGCAGCCUAUGACAUCCUCUACUGCAGCUGGCUCCAGAGCAGGGAAUCCAAGCUACGACUGACGGUGGCAGAAGCAGUGGGAUCCAUGAGUCACCUGAUGGCCCAUGAUAAACUGGAGGAGCAGCUUCCCAAACUCAUUCCCACAAUCCUCUCCCUGUACAAGAAGAACACGGAGCAUUACGUCAUCAGUAAGAGCCUGUGUCAAGUUCUGGAUGCUUCUGUGAACAUGGGCAGCAGAGUUCUGGAGACGCAGAUCGACAGCCUGCUCACUACUCUAUACCAGCAGGUUUGUGCACCUGUUGACUACAGCAACCCACUGACGGUGAAGAAUCACAACGAGGUAUUGAGAUGCUUCAGCAUUCUAGCCAACACCUUCCCAGACCGGCUGGUCAUGUUUGUGCUUCAGAAACUGGAGAACAGUAAUGAGAGGAUCCGCAUGGGCUCCCUGGCUGUGCUCCGACACCUCAUCAACUCCUCCACAUCCAUUAUGGAGUCGAAGAAGCUUCUCAUCCUGGCCAGCAUCAGACAACCACUGGCUGACCACAGCAAUAAGGUGAAGAAGAGGGUUGUCCAGGUGAUCAGUGCCAUGGCUCACCAUGGUUACCUGGAGCUGGAGGGAGGAGACCUGCUGGUCAAGUUUAUCAUCCAACACUGUGCUCUCCCCGACACCUACUAUCGUCCAGGCCAGCGCCCCAGUGACCCAGAGGAAGUAACCAAUGAGGCGCUGCGGAGCAUGUGUGACAACACACUUCACCUCUUCACUACGACCGUGGGACGCCUGACUGACGUCCUGUGGCCCAUGUUGCUGUACUACCUGACCCCAGGUCAGUACUCCAACGCCACCGCACCGCUCUGUAAGAGCCUCACGCUGUUGGGAACCAAGAAGAGAGCCUCCCAGGAACCCAACUUCAACAUCGACUUCAACGAGCAUGUUAAUCUUCCCUCCCCACAUAUACUGAUGGUGCGGCUCUUGGUGAAUGGUUCGUUCCCGUUCCGGAGUCGUGGCCAUGGUGCACCGUCUCUGUCUCUACUGAACGUUAUAAGUCCUAAUAUCCACCCCAACGCUGAGACACUCUGGGAGAAGGAGAUCCCUGCUCUCCUCAGCUACCUGGAAGAGUCUACCCCAGAAACACUAGACAACAAGAAAUGGGAAGAGAGUCUAUUACAGUUCCUAGCCAAGUCCCUGGUGGCCAUAGCUGAUGACAAGUGGAGCUGUCAGCUGGCUGUAGAGGCCACACGUUACCUGUCCACCUACAACCAGUCCCUGGAAGAGAAGAGUUUCCUCUACAGGUGCAUUGGUGUGACUCUGCAGCAGUGUUCCAAUAAGGAAGUGGUCCAGAAGCAGCUACAGGAGAUGCUGAUCAGUGCACGACACAACGACGCCAUCGAGAGAGCGGGUGUCGCCAUGGGGAUCGGGCUGUGUGCAAGCAGUCAUCUCGAUGCCACUCUGGCCAAACUGGACGACUUCGGGAAAUCUGACGCCUUCAAGAAAGCCUCAGGAAUAUUCAGCCUGCUCAAAGACAAGAAUGACUUGGAUGUAGAGAAGAUGAAGAGCACGCUGAUCCUGUGUUACGGUUACGUAGCGCUCCACGCCCCAGAGGACCAGAUCCUGUCCCGCAUCGACUCGGACGUCCUCCGCAGCAUCAGUAAGCACUUCAACACCAAGGUUCUGGGAAUUAAAAUAGAGACCAAGGACCUGACCAUGAAGCUGAGUCUGAUUCAGAGUGUGGGGCUCAUAGCCAGGGCCAUCAGCACCGUCGUACGUAAUCAGGGCUACAUGUUCGUACGCAAGCAGGAACUCAUGGGAGUCAUGAUGGAUUUUAUCAAGGCAGAACCCACGGAUGCCAUGCGGACUCCGGUUCGCCACCUUGUGAUGACCACGUGUGCCAACCUCAUUAACCUGGAGCCGGCGCUGACGGAGAAUGAGAACUUUGAUAUGCUGCGGACGUGUCUGAACGGUGUGUACGGCCUUCCCCCGGUGAACACUCCGGACAAGGACAGGGGAAAAGACGAGGAGGUGCUGGAGCCCCAACAGAGAGAGGCGUUAUACAAAGACACCUUCAAUGCUCUUCAGGAGUUGUUGAGGAAUAUUCUUGCAAGAGACCUGAGUCCAGACGGACUUCAGAGUGUAUUCAAGCACAUUGAGGAGUGGUUGAGUUCUGUUCAGGGUCAUGAGAGGGAGAGGGCGAUGAUCACCACCUCUCACAUCCUAGAGUUCUACUUCAACAACCUCCACGUCAAAAACAUGGUAACCUUCCACAACCUGGGUUCUCUCCUGGGCCGCCUGGCCCCCCGAUGCACCGACCCCAACCCCCUGGUCCGCAGGGCAGCCAUCGACUGCAUCUACACCCUGCUCUACAUCCAGCUACGCUACGAAGGCUUCUCUCUGGACUAUAAAGACGACUCUGUGGAGAGACUGAUCACACUGAGGGAGAACAUGGACAACCCAGACCACUCUGUCCUCUACAAGACGUGCUCUGAGCUGGCCAAGAUCAUCAGUAAGCGUCUGCCCCAGCAGCAGCUCAACACUCUGAUCUUCAUGUUGAUUGAGGGGCUGGUGGACUCCCAAUCUAACUGCUCCAGAGCUUCCAGUGUUCUACUCAACACCCUGCUGAAAAACAGAGGAGCUGGACUACAAGACCUGGUAUCAGAGAUGCUGGAGGUGCUUCACAUCCGUCUGCAGAUGAUCAGUGAGGAGCAGGUGAAGGUGUCUGUGGCCCAGUCCAUCCUCAUCCUGGCUACACAGCACCUCCAGACUGUCAUCAACACACUCAUCUCCUACCCCCUGCCCUUCGACAGAGAACCAUCUCUCCCUCCAUCUCCUACCCCCUGCCCUUCGACAGGUGAGAACCAUCUCUCCCUCCAUCUCCUACCCCCUGCCCUUCGACAGGUGAGAACCAUCUCUCUCUUCCUCUCCUCCCUCCCUCCAUCUCCUACCCCCUGCCCUUCGACAGGUGAGAACCAUCUCUCUCUUCCUCUCCUCCCUCCCUCCCCUACCCCCUACCCUUUGACAGGUGAGAACCAUCUCUCCCUCCAUCUCCUACCCCCUACCCUUCGACAGGUGAGAACCAUCUCUCUCUUCCUCUCCUCCCUCCCUCCAUCUCCUACCCCCUACCCUUCGACAGGUGAGAACCAUCUCUCCCUCCAUCUCCUACCCCCUACCCUUCGACAGGUGAGAACCAUCUCUCCCUCCAUCUCCUACCCCCUACCCUUUGACAGUUGGAGCUGUGAGAUGUGGAUUGCCCUGGGGGCAGACAGUAAACUGGCCUCUCAGAUCAUGGAGAUGCUGAUGGAGAAGCUCAACAUCAUGGUGCCCUACGUGGACAAGAAGGAGUCCAUGAUGAGAGGAGGCCUCACCAAGGUGGCCACCAGUCACCCUCUAGCUAUGACCUGUGCCCUGAAGGAGAUGAUGCUGAACGGGCAGAGCCAGGAGGCGGUGGUGUCCCUGUUCCCCCAGCUCUUCAGCUCCCUGCUGGUCCGCCUGGGCUCCAGCGUGGGGGUCACACUACCCAAAGACAUCAACAGCUCCGGAACACACAGGAAGAGCCCCACCAAAGUGUCCGCCGGCUUCGACGUGUGCGGGGUAGCGGUGGAGGCGCUGCGGAUCCUCCUGGCCCGGGCCCAGCUGGACCAUGUAGUUAAACCCCUGGACCAGGAGGGGGCCUGGGACAAGAUGAAGGACCCCCAGCAGCACAUCACCGGGGUCACCCUCCUCGCCAGGGCCAUGGCCAAACACGCAGGCCCUCGUCUCCCGGCCAUAGUGGAGUGUCUGUGCCCCUGUCUCAACAACAUCUACGAGUGUCAGAGGGUCACUAUCACAGCCUUCUUCUCUGAGUUGCUGAACCACCACGUAGUGACAGAGCUGAUGAUGAUGGAUGUCCUGAUGAACAACAUGAUGGAGCGUAUCUCUGACCCCUGCUGUACCGUCCGCAUGCUGGCCGUCAGGGGGCUGGGGAACAUCGCUGUGGGAUCACCUGAGAAGGUAAAUAAGUAUGCCAAGGAGCUGCUGGCUGCUAUGAGCUCUGGGAUGGAGGAGAAGGACGACCCUGGGAAACUCAUCACCCUGGAGGCCAUGUCGGGCCUGUCCAAGGUGCUCCUCUACCUGGACAAGAAGAACGUCCAGCUGCUGGUCGUCUACAUCUUCAUGAAGAUCAAACCCUUCCUGGAGAGUGAGAAUGAUGAGAUCCGCUGUGCCUCCAUCAUGCUCCUGGGGAACCUGUCGAAGUUUGGUUCAGGAGAGCCUGUGUUCAAAGACCAGAUCCACAACGUACUGGUCAGCCUGCUGCUGCACCUCAGUGACCCCAACCUGCAGGUGGUCAAGGCGUGUAAGUAUGCCAUGCGAGUGUGUGCUCCGGUGGUGGGCUCAGAGCUCAUCACCACUAUGUUCCAGAACCAUCUCCACGAGGACAAGAGUCUGCACUACGGAGAGUUCAUCAACGACCUCACCAAAUAUAUUAUUCAAGACUUCCCUGGCAUGCUCAACUUCUACCACAUCACUGUCAUCCAGUUCUUCAAAAGCAGCUGGGCCGAGGUUCGGGCCGGCGCUGCUAUGUUUAUCGGUUUCCUUCUGGGUAAUCUUCCUGAGGAAUUAUUUUCUCACAUCAACAUGGGGAGUGUGACCAAAGGUCUGGUCAUGCUGCUCCAGGACCCAGACCCAGUGGUGAGAGUCAAGGCAGCUGAAGCUAUGGGCCACUUCCAUUGAACAGACACACAUCCUGCCUGCCAUUCAUUACUUCAUUAGCUGUUUUAGAGUUGUUCAUGUUACUGUUUUCUACAAAGAUGAUCUGGUACUUCACAUGUUGACAGUGCAACUUGAAUUAGUCUGUGAAAAUAUGUAUUAGUGACCAAAGACUGUACCUCCAUGUAUAGAAAAACAUGCAUAGCACUUUGGAGCAGUAUUAUGAAAUCUGACACUUUUUGAAUUUGUCUUUUAGAAUGUUGACAGUGGGUUAGGUCAAUUGGCCAAUGGGCUUGACCUCCGCUGAGCUUAGUGUUUUGCUGAAUUCCAAAUGGAGCCCUAUCCCCUCUUCCCUAAGCACACCUGUAGACCUGAAGGGAUUAGAAAAGUUUAGGCAAUAUGGUAGUUACUUCCUUGGCCUCCUGAUGGGAUUUGCCUGCUGGAUGGAAUCUCCACCUAAUUGGUUAUAGCUGUCUGUCCCUUUCAGGUCAGGAAAAGGGCCUUGCGGGGAGGGGCUAGGGGUUGAUCUCCAGCCUCUAUUCACACUAGUGUAGUGGAUCAACCCCUGAAACACACGUAGGGCUGGCACUAUUACCCUGUAACCCACGGUUAUGGAUGAAUACCGGAUAGAAAGUAACCUCCAUUACCAUAGAAAAUUAAUGUGUGCAGUGAAGUCCCUUUCUUCUGCAACAUGGACUCUUGAUUAAACUUUGUUGUAAUGUAGAAUGUUCAUUCAAAUUAUGUUAACUGCUGUGGCUCAUGCAAUGGAAUGUACUGUACUUUUUGUCAUGUCUAUUGAGUUGAAUCACCAAAUCACAGCACAUAUUUUACUUCCUGCUUUGGUCCUAUGGGUAGACUCGCAAUGACUGCCAGUCCACCCAUUAUGCCAACGUUGAGUUGAACGGGGACUCCCGUUCUAUUCAUUCUGUUUCUAUGGCAGCACAUGCAGUCAGGAACGGAGGAGAAAUGUGCGUCUACAUUUAUUAAUUUGUAUUUAUUUUGCUAUUUGAACGGUUGUUACGGUGACCGCAGUCAUUUGGUGACGAAACUGCCGUUCUACAAAGCUCCAUGACCGUCACAGCCCUCCACUCAAGGAUGGGCAGUUAUCAGCCACGUCCAAGGAGGCUGUCUGUCAGCGAGGAUGGCCCAAAACCAUUCCAUGUACCUGUUCUUACAGUUACUUCUGAGGCAGAAGGGAUUUCAGAGGCUCCAUUUAUUCCCGUGCUAGCAUUGUUUAACAACAGAACUGCAUCCUGAAACACUAUUGUAGCUAGUUCAGAAAAUGUCUUGUAGGAACAGGAGAUUACUCCUGACCACGAGACCUCACCAGGGGGGAAAACAGGCCCUAGUUAUAUAGUUAUACAUUGAGGGCCCAGAGUUUCUACUUGUCAGGUCAGGGAAAACACCUGGGUCACUUUCAUUAGGACCACGCAACGGAAAAUGAAUAUGGGAAGUUAGUCCAGAUAGUCCCUCCCUGUUUUCUUCCGUUUGGUGCCUAAUGAACGUGAUCUCUAGUCUUUAUCUGUUCUUCUUUACCCCAGGUACAACAUGUACGCAACCAGGCACUCCCGUGGAGUUGCCACAGUGCCAAAUAAUCAGACCUGGAUUUAAAUACUAUUUGAUUUAUUUCAAAAAUAGUGUGGUUUACUUUAACCUGCCAGAGGGGCUGGGUUGGCAGUUUAGCCAGCGCUUUUCUAUUGGAUCCAUUGUGCCAGCAGGCAAGCAGAAUUAAGAACACCUAAUGUACUUGAAAUGAUUCCAAAUAGUAUUUGAACCCAUAUCUACAAAUAAUAGUUUUACUGGGUAGCUGCAUUAAGAUGGACACAACCUUUUCUUUCUUUUCACAUCGCUCCUAGUCUUAUCUCACACUCUUUCUCUUAAAAGAUGCACUUCACUUUUCCACUCCUGUCCGUUUCAUGUGAUUGGGUUAGGGUACUGAUUAUAACAGGUUAUGAGGUCUUGAGAUGACAUUCCUGUCGAGAGGUUUUACGGUGCACUACUUAAUCAGUCUGUCAUUGUACACAGUGAAUGAAACAUCCACAUGUUUUGUUGUUUAACUGGUGGAUAGAGAUGUUUUCCUGUGGUAAAGUGCAGUCUAGGCGCUAUUUAAUGUGUUGCCUACAUUGGGUAAAAGUCCUGGUCCUAAAGUACAGCUGGAUUGGACCUGUGUGUCUCAGUGUCUGGGCUGUUGAAGGGUUACUGGGGAUGAUGGCUGUUCUGUUGGACCAUUCUUUGUUAAUGUCAUAUUUUAACGUGACAUCUUUCAAUAAUGGACAUGGAAAAAUAUGAUAUGCACACUGUGUUAAUUUGAAACGGAAAUCAUAUUUUAUUUACAAAAUAAAGUGACGAUCCCUAUAAAAAUAA